AUGAAUUCAGAAGUAUGUGUCCUGGAGCUUCUUGGUGUGUUCCUGUCUCUGAGUGCCUGGAUCUUCUCAUUGACCACCACUCUGAUGUCCCAGUGGCUCACGUUGUCCACUGAUCUCCUUCCUGCCGAGAGCUACGAGCUGGGCUUGUGGGGGACGUGUGUGGUGCAAGAGCUGGGCAUUCUGGAGUGCCAGCCAUACGACAGCCUCCUCGGACUCCCGCCAGAUAUCCGCUUGGCUCGGAUCCUUAUGUGUGCCACCUUGGCUACUGGUUUCAUGGGAAUAUCUUUUGCAAUCCCAGGCAUCUACCUGGUUAACAGCUGUAAAGGUACAAAGAGCCUCAGAGAGAAGAGGACGCUGAAGAUGAUUGGGGGAGUUCUAUGCUUCACUGCAGGAGUUAUGGGUCUGAUUCCUGUGUCGUAUAUAGCCCACCUGACUGUUCUGAGAUUCUUCGAUGAAUCCGUUCCUGAUGUGGUUCCCCGUUGGGAGUUUGGUCAGGCUCUGUUUUGGGGCUGGACUGCAUCAUUUCUGUACAUUGCUGCUGGAUCUUUACUUAUUACCUCCUGCAUCUGUCUGCAAGAUGUGCCAUGUCCUCUGCCAGAGGCUGUUCCACUGCAAGGAAGACAUGCCAGUUCUGAAUGUUCUCCAAGAAGGAGGACAGAAUAUGUGUGA